UCAGAGCUUCCUCUGGCCCUCAAAACCUCUGCCUCCUCUUGGACCAGCUAUAUUAGACGGAGCUCGAGGCGCAGUCAAUCAUCAGGCUGUCCCUUUGGUUGCCAAACCUCUUACUGCUUUGGGGAGCCCACCUUGCGCUGGACACGUUUACCACAGUAUUUCGCAGACAGACCAGCCUUCCAAGCUGCAACAGCGCAGCAGCGUUCCACCUCGCACAUCUUCCGGUCCAAGCGUCCCGCAAAUUGGAAAUCGUGAACAAAGCGCAACACGCAGCCACCGGACCGACGCUUGUACAACGUUGCAAAGUAUGCUUCCUCCAAAGCCUGUCACCGCUGUCGAAGCGCUCGCUCGACUGCCUGAGCAUCCAUAUCGCGCCGCGAGUGGUGACGGCUAUCCUGGUCCGCAUUCUGGUCCUGCUUCACUGGGCACCUCAAUGACGAAUCAAGGCGUUCGCCAGGCUCGCAUCGAAAUCAAACCACCUCUCGCGGACCAUCGAGCACAGCCAAGUGGUAAUGAUGAGCACCAGACCUCGCGUUCGAGCGAAGAUGACACCCAUGAUCUGCAUUUGACCGAGAAGCGCGAAUUUCAGCAGCCUGCUCCGACUUCCGAAGACGAUUCGGGGACUGAAUCAGGCAAGGCUGCUCCUUCGAUCCAAAUCAGCUCGGCAGCCCCUCGUUCCUUCUUUCCUGUUGCUGAUGAGGCUGCCAGUUUGACGGCAGAUGAUGCAACAAGUCCUGAUAGCCCGUCUGAGGCGCAGAUCGACUCCAGAACUCAUCAACCGGCAACGCAACCACCGCUGCCAGCAUUCGACAUGCGCGCCCUUCCGUUCUCGAGCUCUGAUCAUGCACCGUCCUAUGCCGGCUCGCUAUCCCAUCAGCAGGGAUUCAGGAGUCUUCAAGCACCACAAUGGCUUUGUGGAUCGAUGCAGUGCUCUGUGCGUAAUGACAAUCGCAAUCACCACUGUUUCGGUUGCGGUGCACCAAAGCCUAUAGUACCGUCACAAGUAGUGCCUUCACGCGGCAGUAUUCAUGCUGUUCCACCAAUGUCGCUUGGAGUCCCUCCAAUGCAGACGUUCCAUGCUUCUUCAAAUCUCUCGGGCCAGCUCCAGGCGCGACCUGCAGUCUCCCUGCCAACGCGUAAACUCAGUGAUAACUACGGAAUGCCGACGCAACCGAACGUUCAACCAGGUCACGCUCCAAGCCCAUGGACGACACCUUUGGUCAACAUCCCUGGUCAGAUGCCUCCGAGUCAACACGCCUUCAACGCUUCGACUUCGGUUGCUCCCGCUCUGAACCGUCAGCCGCCUCCCGUAGCUGGUGGCGGGUUACGUCUGGGGGAACUAUUGCCAAGCAAUCCUUACGCUGGAUCAGCUUGCCCACCUCUCACGCGCUCGCAUCUCUCCGAUGAUGGCCCCUCUCACCUGACUUGGGCUCAAAGCAAUCCGUCUACGUCUUUCGCAACUGCAGCUCGCCUCGCAAGCAUGGGCGUCAGAGUCGGCCCAGGUGUAAAUCCUCAUGUGCGACAAGAUGAUCAGAGUCAGAACGGUACUUCAUCGCAGCCACCCAUCGUCAAUACCGGCAACUUGGGACCCAUGUGCGUGCAACCUGGAGAUUGGGUCUGCUCGACAUGCGCUUUCGUGGUGAGUCUAUCACGUCGAAGAUGAAGCUAGAGCCGCAUCGAAGGUAAUUCGCUCACGUCUUACUGACGUGUGCACAC